UGUUUAUCCAGUCUGGCCGAGGUAGAGAUACCGGUUGGUCGUGUGAGAGGUGUGACUGUUAGUAAACUGAAUUUUAUUAUUAAUAAACCAUGGAGACCAAUGGUAAUGGUCAUAAUCAAGAGGGCAGCCUCAUGAGAAUUGGAUCUAGAGAGAGUGAGCUGGCUCUCAAACAGACAUAUAUGGUGCGAGAUUCCCUGCAGAAGAUACACCCUGACAUGAAAUUUGAGAUUGUGACUAUGAAAACCAAAGGUGACAAGAUCCUGAAUGUUGCUUUAUCCAAGAUUGGCAGCAAAAGCCUCUUCACUAAAGAGCUGGAAAUUGCCCUAGAAGAGGGGACAGUAGAUAUUGUUGUUCACUCUCUUAAGGACCUCCCAACCACACUCCCUGAUGGUAUGGUCAUCGGUGCAAUCUGUGAGCGUGAAGAUCCUCGUGAUGCAGUUAUCAUGCACCCAAAGUACUCGAGUUGCAAGUUAGACUCUCUUCCUAAAGACUCUGUCAUAGGAACCAGCUCUCUACGGCGUGGUGCUCAGCUCAAGAGACGAUUUCCCGAUCUCAAAUUUGAGAGUGUAAGAGGGAACCUGAACACACGCUUACGGAAACUUGACGAAGCAGAUGACUAUGCAGCUUUGAUUCUGGCUGUUGCAGGAGUGGUUAGGAUGGGAUGGAAGAACAGAAUUUCUCAGUAUCUGGAUGACGACCUCUGCAUGUAUGCUGUGGGACAGGGAGCGCUUGCUGUGGAGUGUCGAGAAGGGGACACCAACACCAUAGAACUAUUAGGCCAACUUUGUCACACCCAGACAAUGAUUGCUACCACAGCUGAGAGGGCCUUCAUGCGGACUUUGGAGGGUGGUUGCUCUGCGCCUGUAGCAGCUCAUACAAAGAUAACGGAUGACAGUAUUGAGCUGAAAGGUGGAGUCUGGAGUCUGGAUGGAUCAGAGGAACUUCUCAAAACCCAGUCUGUGUCACUUCAGGCAGCUAAUUCCACUGAUGGCAUGCAACCUCCUGCAAAAAUGGCAAAGACCUCCAUUGCUCUGUGUGGCAUUGUGCCCCAUCCAAAGUAUGCUGAAAACAUGAUGAAAGCACAUGGACUUGGAGUUGAUCUGGCCACUGCAUUGUUAGAGCAAGGUGCUGAAAGAAUCUUGAAAGAAGCCAAGGCUGCAAAUGCUGCCAGUGCCCCAAAUGUCCCACCACAGAAGGUAGCUGUUGUUAGUGAAUCUAUUCAAGAGAAAGAAGAACAGACAGUUCAAAGUUCAUAGAUUGUGUUUUAGGCUGAAAUCUGUAGUAAUGAAAUUAUAUUCUUAAUGAAUAUAUAUACAUAUAUAUAUAAUAUGAUAUUAAUGCUGAGUAUGAAAUUGAUUGAUAAACUAUAUUUUUUAUGAUGGAGACUGUGAUCGAUUUUUUUUGUAUAAUAAUUUAAUAUGUAUAUAAGACUUACGACUCAAUACCAGCUUGCAGCAUAAACAAAUGUCUUUGUGAUAGAGCUGUGCCUUUUUGGUAGCUGUUGUAUAUUUAUGUUUCUAUAAUAAGAAUAUCUGUCAGAAGUAGUAUUAUAACUACAUAUCAGAGAUCUGGGAAAAGAAAAGGAAAUGCCUCUUUCCAUUGUCCAUUGUUUGCUGCAGCAAAUAAAUUGGUAUAUUUGCCUAUAAUCAUGCCAUUUUUCAUGCUGUUAUUGUGUUCACUUCUACAGUAAAUAUGAACCAUGAAUUAACAUUAUAUAGUACUGUUGUGUUCUUUCUUUAUUUGUGUUAAUGGGGCAGAUUGCAAUAUUACAUUUUAGUAAUGGUACUUGUAAAUAACUUUUCUUUUGGAAUUGUCUUCUAUAACUGUGAAGAGUAUGAGGUGUACUUAAUUUAUUACGUUUUCCUGUCUUGCUGUCAAGUUGCUUCAGACUUGUAAAAAUGGUGACUUUCCAGUGAUUUGAUAUUAAUACAUUUUAGAUUGAAAAUUAACCCAUUGAUGCCAGUUACUUGUACUGUACAAUGUAGUUUUGUUUUGUGAAUUUUGUUUCAAAUGGAAUAAGUUAGUAGGUCUAACUAACCUUACUGUAUUUACCCGUUCCUUGUAUUUUCAGGGAAAUUUUGUUUUCCAAAUACUAUUAGUAUUGUUAUUGUUAUUACUCAUUAUUUAUUAUUUAUUGUUGUUGUUAUUAUUAUUAUUAUUAUUAUUAUUAUUAUUAUUAUAAUUAU